GUCAGAGAAACACACAGCAGGACCGCGAACCUGAGGUGACCGCAGAUAGGCAUUGCGCGGAUCGGUUUUGACAAAAUUUAAGGAAGAUACUCUCUUUUUUACCUACUAGAUUCAUUUCGGUGACUUUUGGAAGUACAUUUUCAUUCAGGAGUUCGUGGUUAUUUUUUGGCUCCCCGCUCGUUUUGAGAUGGAUCCUGUUCUAGGUCUCUCUCGUGCACAGUGAACGUUCAAUGCAGCUCUCAGACAUCAUCGGGCUUUAUGGACUUGACUGUCAAUGAUGUCUAUGGGUUUCAUGUCUGAUGCUCUGAAUAGUUCCGAUCCCUCCAAAUCAGCAUUUUUAGAGUUUGGCCACGGACUUCCAACCAACCAGCAGCAUUUAUCUGGAUUCACACAUAGUAUUUACCCAGUACAUGGAUUGCACUCAAGCGGACACCACCAGCACGAUGGUCCCUACUCUUCCACCGCGUCCCAUUACAGCCGGCCGCUGGGAUACGCCUACCCUGGCCCGGUGAGCGCUCCUGCCCCGAGUGCUUACAUGCCCUAUCAGCAAACCAACCACGGCAGUACUUUGGGGCACACCAGGGCUGAAGAAACGAACCACGAAGAGCCAACGGUCAUUGAGGAUGGGGAAAUUCGCCUUAAUGGUAAGGGGAAGAAGAUCCGCAAACCGCGAACCAUUUACUCCAGUCUUCAGCUGCAGGCGCUGCACCAGAGGUUCCAGCAGACCCAGUAUCUUGCGCUACCCGAGCGCGCCGAUCUAGCCGCGAAACUGGGGUUGACGCAAACACAGGUUAAAAUAUGGUUUCAAAACAAGCGCUCGAAAUAUAAGAAGAUAUUGAAACAUGGGUCCAGUGGACAUGAAGGGGAGAUGUUUCACACCACUUCCUCAUCCUCUCCUUGCUCUCCGGGUCUGUCGCAGCUCUGGGAGGUCUCCAUGGCCAACAAAGUGCCAUCCAUGCACCCUGGCAGUUAUAUGAACAAUUAUGGACACUGGUAUCAACCACACCAUCAUGAUCCUGUGCCCAGACCUCAGAUGAUGUGAUUCAAAUUCGAAAAAAGGAGCCAGAGACUCCAUUCAGUCUUGACACCUGCUCAUCUGUAGAGCUACACCUGUGAAGGACUUUUCCUUUACGAUGUACAUUGGUUUUUAUUACUUUGUGUGUUUGGAAGGACUGGGUUUUACUCUUUAUGCAAGCAGGUGACCGUGACUCCCAUAUUGCACAAUAGUAGAGUUCUAACUUGGUCAGAUUUUCUAAUGUUUGCUUUAAUAAAGGAUGUAUGGAAAGUCUUCUUUAUUGUGAAAUAUUUACUAAAUAAGAAUGCUAAUAGGCCUAAUAAUAAUAAUAAUAAUAAUAAUAAUAAUAAUAAUAAUAAUAAUUGUUGUUAUUAGGUUAUAACAUAUUGUUAUAAGGACAAAACAAAUAAAAUAGUCUUUUUGCAGUGCAAAUUGCUCAAAAAUGGCAUGCAGCUAUGGUCGAAAUGAAUGAAACUGAGAUGUUUUAUUUACAGCAGUAUAUUUAGUUAACGCAAUGACGUCACACAUUCAGAAAUGUGCAAAAGUUUGAGCAACUUUUGGACUUUCCUUGUAGUUCGCGCGGGCCAAUUGGUGGUUGAAAUUUAUGAAUAAUUAAGACAAUGACUGUAAUUUGAGCUAUUUUUUUUAUUGGGUUCUGAACAGGAUUUUCUUUGAAAUAUCAUGUCACCUGAAACAUAUGUUCUAUUUUCAGAAGAAACUAUUUUAUUAUUAAUAUAAAAAGGUGUCUUGCAAUUAUUGGAAACAAUAUAUAAUAAUAAUAAUCAUCGUCAUCAUCAUCAUCAUCAUCAUCAUAACUAUUAGUAUUAUACAUUUUUGUACUUUUGUUUUCUGAUUGUAUUUCCUUCAAUAUCAUUAAAUCAACCAAAUCAUGUUUUCAGUACGUGAAGAAGAUAAAGAGUGCACAAUAUUUCAGGUGCAGAUUUACCCCAUUAGUUGGAUAUGACUUUUCAUUUGAUUAAGGGGCUGCCCUUAUUAUAAUGGGUGUGGCAAUAAAACAAUAGAU